AUGGCCUACCCCGGAGAAGGGAAGGGUAUGUCAAACUAUGGACUCAGCCAUCUAACCCCCCAGCAACAAAAACUCCUCUGGGUCGAAAUUGUUGGGAGGGAGCAGCGAAUCAGGAAGCGUCAUCUAGCGGCCAAGGGUGGUCUAUCUGGGAUAUACAAAGAGAGCGAGAACCAGCAAACAUCCCAGGAAACAGGAGAGAUGAAGGAAAUCAUUUACUUCAACAAUAACAAAAAGCACGAGACGAACUCGACUUAUGACCGACUCUUUCACGUCAAACAUGGCUACCAGAAUAAGUUACACCGGGAUGAUCGCGAACACACACGGGGGCUCAAAGUUUAUGAGGAGGAAUCGUCCAAAGCCGUCCCAGCUCUUUCCUCAUCAGCCUACGGUCAUCGCCCUCCGUUAGAGAAGACGACACGCGAGCACGCCCGCAUCGAGCAUGUCAUGAAAGGUUUUUAUCGUCAUCGGGGAACUAAUCUACCAGAGUACGGCACGGAGACCGAUCUCGGCACCCAUCAUUAAAAACACUCUCAGUGACACCAGGAUAACAAGGAUUAAGAAAAAUAUCCUCUCCAUGAAAGGAAACAUGAUGAUGAUACAAAGCUUUUUUAUUUACAAAACGGAUAAAACAUCAUUUCUUUUAAGUGAGAGGAUAGAGCAUGAUGCAUCCAAGAACUCUCAAGGG